AUGUCUUCCACCUGCUGGGAGGCAAACUGCUUCUUAUACUCUUCCAAGAAGACUUCUCACAUGGUGACUUUGGCCUCACAGAUGGCCUACCACUUGGCAGUCAUGCCACAGAAGUGGGUGGCCACCACCAGGAUUGUUUCUUCAUUGGUCAUACCAAUACCUUUCUUUAGUCAAUCCAUAUGCAGCAACCAGAAAAGAGACUUGCUGUUCAGGUCACUAACAAAGAUUUCUGGAGCCAAGAGAUACUUGGAGAUGUUAGAUGAUUUAUGUUCUCUAAUGGGAGCAGAAGAAGAAGGAGCAUAUUGCACAGCAUAA